AUGCCUUCAGUCACCCAAGAGGAGCGCCCUGUGGUGCCGUCCUCCCUUAAGAAGAGGAGACGAGACGACCAGGACGAGGACACGCAGGCUCAUUUCAUACGAAGUGAUGACGCGCCCCUCUACCACCCUCACCACACAUACCAGCCCCAGCAAGGCGCGCCACCGCGGAAAAUACUGCCCACGCCCAAGAAACUACGCCUGGUGGAAGACCACCAUGAGCGGCACCCGUACCAACCCCAACCCCAACCACCGCAGGCCCGCCGCUCGAGGACGCCCGACGCCACCGCCCUCCAGCACACGACCGCCAACAGCAGGCCCCAGCCGGUGGCCCGGAGCAGCACGACGUCGGCGGCCCUCCUGAGGCCCUGCCACAUCUGCCACCGCAAGCCCACCAAGAAGAGCGACCUCGACUCCUUCGCGGACUGCGAGGGCUGCGCACAGCGGACGUGCUACGUCUGCAUGCGCAAGUGCCUCGGCUGGCGGCAGGCGGCAGAUCGGCAGGACGACGACGACGACGACGGGCAGCAGGCGGCCUCGCAAUCCUUCCACAUGGAAGACGCGCCGCCGCCGCACUCGCCGCCACCCGACGAGAACGAGCAGGCCCCGCAGCAGCAGCAGCACCACCACCACCAGCACAGAGAGAAACCCGGCUGGGCAGGUGGCCGCGGCGGCGGUCACCGCCAGAUGGUCUGCAGCCGGUGCUGCGUGGAGAGGGGCCGGGACGGAGACGUGGUGUGCCUGGGAUGCCUGCCAUUUGUCGAGGCAUGA